AAAGUUAGACAGCCUAGGCAGUGUUCAUGAGAAUGGCGAUUGUCUGAAUCAGUGGCUUGGCUCAUUUUAGGAAAUAUAUCGGGGCAUUUGCAGCAAAGUAUAGUGUUAUAGAUUCGGGUAUUCUUCAGAAAUGCUUGAGAAAUUCCAGUCAAGAUAGCCCUUUUUCAUUGGGGCCAGACUAAACCGGAUUCGAAAAGGUGGUGGGGGGAAGGGGAAUCCUCAAGAACUGGUGUGCAUCAUGGCAGGAGACAGCGAUCAGACGGUCCAGACUCGCAAACCCUUUCUAAUUGGGGUUGGAGGGGGCACCGCCAGCGGGAAAUCUUCAGUUUGUACGAAAAUAGUCCAGUUACUUGGUCAAAAUGAGAUCGACCAUCACAAACGCCAGGUGGUUAUCGUGAGCCAAGACAGCUUUUAUAGAGUCCUGACGCCUGAACAGAAAGGAAAAGCAAUGAAGGGUCAGUUUAACUUUGAUCACCCAGAUGCCUUUGAUAAUGAAUUGAUAUUCAAUACCCUGAGAGAUAUUAUUGGAGGAAAAAUAGUUGAGAUUCCUGUAUAUGACUUUGUUUCCCACUCCAGAAAAUCUGAAACAGUGACUGUCUACCCAGCAGAUGUGGUGCUAUUUGAAGGUAUCUUGGCCUUUUACAUGCAGGAUAUCCGGGACAUGUUUCAGAUGAAGCUGUUCGUGGACACUGAUGCGGACACCAGACUGUCACGCAGAGUAUUAAGGGACAUCAGUGAAAGGCAGCGGGACCUAGAACAAGUUUUAACACAGUACAUAACAUUUGUCAAGCCAGCUUUUGAAGAAUUCUGCCUCCCUCCACGACUCUGUGAUACCCACAUCACACCUGCCAAUCUCCAAGAGCAUUACAAGACCAAGAAAUAUGCAGAUGUUAUCAUUCCAAGAGGAGCAGAAAACUUGGUUGCCAUAAAUUUGAUAGUGCAACACAUUCAAGACCUUCUCAACGGUGGACUGAGCAAGCGCCAAAAUGGCUGUUUGAAUGGAUAUAGCCCACCAUGCAAGAGGGACUCUUCUGAUUCCAAUAGCAGGCCACACUGACUGAAGAUUGAGGAGAGUGAAAUCGUGCCAUGAAGUUUAGCAUGACCUUACCAUUUACUGUUUGGGGAAAAGGGAAAGCUGCCAAGGUUUUAAAGCAUUGUUCAAAGCAAACUUCUGCCACCAAAAUGGAAUUUUUCCUAAAGUAUUUAAUUUGCCAAUUUUAUUUUGUUUGUUGUGUAACUUAAGAGUGACAUCCUGCCUUUUGAGUUCUUAAAUGUUCAUGCUCAAUCAAUUGACUUUUAUCAAAGAAUUGUAAUCCAACAAAGGAUGUCUGUGUUUAGAUGGAAAUAUAUAUAAUAAGACAAAUAUUGUCCUUUUAUAGGUUAGCUUUGAUUUGAGAAAUAUACUGGGAACAAUUUCAAUGUUACAAAUAAUGCCAGGUAUUAAUGCCUGUGCAGCAUAUUAAUGCAGUGGAUUCCAAUUAAUUGGGCCAGCCGCUUAUUUGGGAAACUCUAAAAGGACAAAACUAAUAGAGAAAAUAGCUGGGAUUCCCUUUCCCUUAAUUUACUUGAGACACUGUGCCACUUAAUUGCAAUUGUUGCUGAACAAUUUCUAACCGACAUCAGUCGUGUGCACUUGUGUGUCCAUUAAACACUACACCAUGCUUAGAGUGAACAAUUUUUAACUGGUGCCAGUUGCAUGUGUUUGUGUUCAAAAAGCAGAGAUUUUUGUCACUGAUUGUUACUGGAAAAAUAAGCAGCAAAACAAUUCAGAGCUGUUUUGCUCACUGUUGCUUCAAGCGUUUGGGCUAGGAGAUGCCAGAAAUGGCUGAAAGUGAAAAUAAAAUAAUUUCACUACUUCAGGUUAGAAACCAUGAAGGACUUGAUGGUAUCAACAAUCAUCUUGAAUGUUACAAUAAAAAUGAAGAUUUGGCAGAUGCAAUCAUUGAAAGCAUUGUAUACAGGCAGUCCAUUAUCUGUACUGGAUGUCUGUGCUGAUUUUGUUCAUAUACAGUCAUUCAAAAGAACACCGGAUUAAUUCCUUCAUCGAUAAACUAAUACACCUUUAAAAGUACUGUAGUAUUAUUGGUAGUGUUCUAAUUUGUUCUGUAUUUCAUUUAAAUACAUAAUUUUUUACUCUUUAACUGGCAGUCAGUCUUUUUAUACCUUUUUAGCUACUUUUAUGAAACUAGCUAAUUGGGGCAGCAGCUUAAUUGGGCCAAAAUAUACUGGUCCCAAUGUGUCCCAAUUAACCAGAAUCCACUGUACUGUAUUUCAUUGCACUGAAUGGCUUUAUCUUCUAACCUGAUGUGCCAGAGGAUGAUUUUUUUUACAUAAAUUAUAGACCCUCUGAAAAAAGAUGGAGUUGGACUUGUAGAACUUGCAUGACCAAGUGGGAAGGAUGUUGGAAUUCUUAGUGAGCUCAGCUUUAAAAUGUUAAACAAGCAACACUUCUGGGAAAAGUCUUGGAGUUUCUUCAAUUUAUCCCUGCUCCACCUGCUGGACCACAUUUAUUCUCCCCCCCCCCCCCCCCCAUUGUAAAAUGUAGGUCUUUUAAGCCUGUAAUUUAGCUCAAUAUCCUGAUGGUAGUCUUUGUUUGUAAACAUUUAAGGUGUUUCCCACUAGUCCUACACCUCAGGGUUUAUGUUUCUCUUCAUUUUUCUUAACUACUUUGUAUGUCCAAGCAUGAGAAAAUUCCUAGACCACUUUUCAGAUUACAAUUUCAGGUGAAGACUUCCCAUCAAAACUGGGAGAAAGUUGCUUCUGUUAAGGCCAUCAAAUAAAGAAGCUGAUGCAAAAUUACUUGUUUUCCAUGUGAUCUGUCUGUCAUUUGUCUACUAAAUCCAUUUAUUGCUGUUUCCAAUUCCUGGUUCUGAUGAAAGGUUGCACCCAAUGCAAAUCUUUUUACUUAGAUGCUGAUUGAUUUUCUAAUUUAAUCCCGAUUGUACAUCUGACUUUGCUUAUUUACUUUAUAGUGUUUAAAGCUUCUUUUCAUACCAGUAUUCAUUUUAAACUCAAUCAUUUAACUGGAUUGCUGUAAAAUAGCUUUUCUUUAAAAAAAAAGCUGCAAUGCAUGUCCUGCUUUGAUCCAUUUUAAAACUUUAUGUAACCUGUUCCAGGAUAAAGCAGCACUUUUUUUUUGCAGAGCUGCAUUUUGGUUUAUUUAAUACACAUGAGUUGCAUUAAGCCUCUUCUGGAGUGUUUUUUUUUGAGGGGGGAUUGGAGGAAUUUAAGUAGCAUUGGAUACCAACCCUGCAUGGUAUUUACAAGUUACUAACUAGGGAAAGCCAGCAGUGUACAGUCUACUGUUAAUGCAAGUAUUGAUGAUGGCUGAUGCAAAAGCCUAAAACUGGAAAGUUGGUAAUUCUUUUACUGUGCAUUACUAAGGACCAGUACGAUCAUAUUUUGUCAAAUUUUCUGUUUGAUGGACGAAUUUUAUAUUGUUUUGGUCUGCUUGCAAAAUAUUGUGCAUCUUCUGGUUACAUCUGCUACUACUGUAAAGGAGAUUUAAACUUGAAAAAGAAAUUUAUUAGCCUGCUGUUCUGUUUGACCAAAAUGGUCCUUUCUUGCUUUUGUAACGAUGCAGGUAACUUUUUGUUGCAGGAAAAGUUGAAUUUUACUUUUUGUUUCACACCCACAUAGUUUUUCCAUGUACUGUAUGUUAGUCUCCAACCACAGUGUGAAAAACUGAAGGAAUGACUCACUAAGCUUGAAUAAAAUAUGAAUUUUAUAUAGUAAA